AUGAGUUUUUAUAAGUUUAAUUUUUCCUCAUCCACUUCAAGUUCUUCGUCUUUUAAUGACGAUAAUGAACUUAUAGAUAAUAUGGUUGAUUAUGUCUUUCAAUACACUAUUCCUCGUAUUAUUUCAACACUACAACCAAGGGUGAGAACCAACAAAAAAAGUCAAUUUCAAAGAGACCAUUCAAAAGGUCAUUCGCAACUAUUUAAUGACUAUUUCGCUGAAAAUCCUACAUAUUCUGCUCGACUGUUUCGACGCAGGUUUAGGAUGAGGAAACAUAUAUUUUUACGGAUAAUGGAAGCUGUCCAAACAACGAUCCAUGGUUCACUAACAACAUUGAUGCAGUUGGUAAAAAAAGGUCUAAGUGCUUUACAAAAGUGUAUUGCAGCUCUUCGUAUGCUAGCAUACCGGGUGGCUGCUGAUCAAGUUAAUGAGUACCUCCGAAUUAGCGAAAGCACAACGUGA